AAAUACGAAAUUACACAAACAAUUUGAAAGGGGAUGAGUUCUGAUUACUCAGUGCUCAUUAAUAUUAUCUAAUUUCAUUUCCAAUACAAAUUGAUAACCAAAAUAAACUGCUCUAUGUAGGAUCAAUGGACUUCCAUGAAUAUAUUUUUUCUUUCAUCAGGAACUUCCAUGAAUAAAUUAAUUGAACAAUCUUCAACAAAUUGUAAGCUGUUGUUUCAUGACAUCCAUUGCAAGCCCCCUUCGUCUUUGCCGUCAUAGUUCCACAGCCAAAUCAUAUAUACAAACAGUGAGAAAACCCCAGCUGAGCUACUCUAUCCAUGUAGACGAAGUUUCUUCCAGUCGUAUAUUAGACGAACUCCCAGAUAUCAAAAUACUGAAGAAACUUCAUUCCAAGAUCAUUUUCGAUCCGGGUCUAUGUAACAACACGUCUCUUGCCAUCAAAUUGAUGCGUGCUUAUGCUGCCUGUGGCCAACCUAAUGUUACUCGCCAACUGUUCGAUAAAAUACCUGAAAGAAAUGCGGCCAUUUAUAAUGUCAUGAUUAGGAGCUAUGUGAAUAAUAAGUUCUACAAAGAUGCCAUUUUUAUUUAUAAAGAUAUGUGUAAACGAGAUGUUAGCCCUGAUAACUAUACGUUUCCCUGUGUUGUUAAAGCUUGUUUUGGCUCCGAUAAUUUUAGGGUGGGGCUGCAGAUUCACUGUGCUGUUGGCAAGAGGGGUCUUGGUUCUGACCUAUUUAUUGGUAAUUGUUUGGUUGCUAUGUAUGGGAAAUGUGGGUGUUUAGUGGAGGCUCGACAGGUUGUUAAUGAAAUGCCCAAACGGGACGUUGUUUCAUGGAAUUCAAUGGUUGUUGGAUAUGCUCAAAAUGGAAGGUUUGAUGAUGCGUUGGAGGUUUGUAAGGAAAUGAAUGUGUUAGGUCAUAAACCAAAUGCGGGAACCAUGGCUAGCCUUUUACCUGCUGUAAGCAAUACCAGCAUUGAGAAUGUCUUGUUCGUCAAAGAUAUUUUCAUGAAUAUGGAUAAAAAGGAUUUGGUUCCAUGGAACGUGAUGAUAGCUGUAUAUGUCAAGAAUUCUAUGCCUAGUGAGGCGGUUCAGCUCUAUCUCCAAAUGGAAACUUGUGGGAUAGAACCUGAUGCUAUAACUUUUGCUAGCAUUCUUCCUGCUUGUGGGGACCUUUCAGCUGCAUCACUGGGAAGGAGGAUUCACGAAUCUAUUGAGAGAAAAGGUCUUCGGCCAAAUUUAUCUCUUGAGAAUGCAUUAGUUGAUAUGUAUGCCAGGUGUGGAUGUUUGAUAGAGGCAAGAAAAAUGUUUGAGGGGAUGAAGUUUCGGGAUGUUGUGUCAUGGACUUCCCUGAUAUCUGCUUAUGGUAGGAGUGGUCAAGGUCGGGAUGGAGUUGCUUUGUUUUCACAAAUGUUGGAGUCUAGUCUUCAACCUGAUUCUAUUGCUUUUGUUUCCAUUCUUUCUGCUUGUAGCCAUGCAGGAUUGCUACUUGAAGGUGAGCACUAUUACAAGCUAAUGACAGACAAAUACAAGAUUGUUCCUAGGUUAGAACAUUAUGCCUGCAUGGUUGAUUUAAAAGGACGAGCUGGACACAUAACCGAGGCCUUUAAUUUCAUCAAGCAGAUGCCUAUAGAGGCUAAUGAGAGAAUUUGGGGUGCUCUUUUGGGUGCCUGUCGGGUGUACAAUGAUAUGGAUGCUGGGCUUGUAGCUGCAGACAAUCUCUUUGAAUUGGCCCCAAAGCAGUCUGGUUAUUAUGUCUUGCUAUCGAAUAUUUAUGCAAAGGCUGGAAGAUGGAAAGAUGUAACGACUGUUAGGUCAAUCAUGAAGGGAAAAGGGAUUAAGAAAAUGCCCGGUGUCAGCAAUGUGGAGCUCAAUAACAUGGUGCACACCUUCCUUGCUGGUGACACGUCUCACCCACAAUCAAAGGAGAUCUAUGAAGAGUUAGACAUAUUAAUAGGUAAGAUGAAAGAGGAAGGAUAUGUCCCAGAAACAGAUUCUGCCCUUCAUGACGUUGAGGAGGAAGACAAAGAAAAUCAUCUAGUAGUUCAUAGUGAGAAGCUGGCUAUUGUCUUUGCAAUUAUGAACACCAGUCAUGGUACACCCAUUAAAAUUACUAAAAAUUUACGCGUGUGUGGAGAUUGCCACAUUGCUGCCAAACUUAUCUCCAAGAUCGCGCAACGUCUUAUUGUAAUUAGGGAUACAAAUCGUUAUCAUCACUUUCAGAAUGGAGUUUGCUCAUGUAGUGAUUUUUGGUGACGCUGCCCGGAGGUAUAUAGUUGUGCGCGUAUUUCAGUUGCUCAUGUAAGUGGGCUGCAAAGUUUUUAUCCUCAUUUUGCUUAGCACGUUACUCUUUCGGGCUUGCAAUCAACAAUCCUUUGAUUGCCUAAUCACACUGUUGGCCCUCUAGCUAGGCUUGCAGGAAGAGUUAGUGGGUAGAAAUGACAUACAACACAAGCAGUUGAAGGAAGAUUUGGACCUAAGUUGCUCAUACUGCGAGAGGCCUCUUCCCAGUUCCCAUAAUCAUAUUCGUUACACAUUAGCUGUAAAUAUUGAUUUUUCUCAACUUCAACUUGAGAUAAAUAGUUCUAAGCUCAAUUAAGCCACUUCAGGAGCUGUAACUUUUAAUCAGAGAAAGGAAGCCUAUUGUAUGAGAAAAUAUAUUGUCUUCAGUUUCAUGCUCAUUGCUAAUAGACUAAACAUACCCAAUAAUUGUACCAGUUUGCAUAAUCUGUCUGUAUUCUUGAUCUGAUAAGAUGCUAACUGUUUGGAGUAAA